GUUGGGACUAUUCUGCAAGUCAACUCUUUUUGACUUCACUUACAGAAACACAUCGCUGUGGGAUCCACCGGCUCCAAGACCAGGGAUCCGCAAAUCUCCAUACCCGGAGAUGCUUCUUCUUCAGCUUCUAACCUUUGUGCUGUGGUGCCCAGCCUGGGCCCAACUUCCAGAGUUUGCAGAUGUGUGCACGGAGGGAAGCUGUUACCCUGCCACAGGUGACCUCCUGAUCGGCAGAGCUCACAAACUCACCUCCUCAUCCACCUGUGGCCUGCAGCAUCCAGAGCACUUCUGUAUUGUGGGACAUCUGGAGGAGGAGAAGAAAUGCUUUAAGUGUGAUUCCAGACUGAUGUACAAUGAGCACACCAACCCCAUUAGCCACACCAUCGAAAACGUUGUCACCACAUUCGCUCAUAAUCGCCUUAAGACCUGGUGGCAGUCAGGAAACGGUGUGGAAAAUGUCACCAUCCAACUGGACCUGGAGGCUGAGUUUCACUUCACACAUCUCAUCAUGACUUUCAAGACAUUUCGGCCUGCUGCAAUGGUGAUUGAGAGGUCCAUGGACUUUGGAAAUUCAUGGCAAGUGUAUCGCUACUUUGCCUAUGACUGUGGGUCCUCCUUCCCCGAUGUGUCUGUGGGCCCUAUGGUCAAAGUGGAUGACAUCAUCUGUGACUCGCGCUACUCAGACAUUGAACCAUCCACAGAGGGAGAGGUAAUCUUCAGAGUGUUGGACCCAGCUUUUGAGAUUGAAGAUCCUUAUAGCCUGAGGAUACAGAACAUGCUGAAGAUCACUAACCUCAGAGUGAAGUUUAUCAAGCUCCACACUUUGGGCGACAACCUGCUUGACUCUCGUGAUGAGGUCAAAGAGAAGUACUACUACGCCCUCUAUGAUAUGGUUGUCCGCGGUAACUGCUUUUGCUAUGGCCAUGCCUCUGAAUGUGCCCCGAUUGAUGGAGCACCAACUGGAGCUGAUGGCAUGGUUCAUGGCCGCUGUGUUUGUAACCACAACACUGAGGGACUGAACUGCGAACGUUGUCAGGACUUCUACCAUGACUUGCCUUGGAGACCAGCUGAGGGUCGCAAUACUCAUGCUUGCAAGAAGUGUGGGUGCAAUGAACACUCUACCUCCUGCCAUUUUGACAUGGCAGUGUACAUAACCAGUGGCAAUGUGAGCGGAGGCGUGUGUGAAAACUGCCAGCACAACACCAUCGGGCGGCAAUGCGAACAGUGUGCACCCUUCUUUUACCAGCACCCCAACAGAGACCUGAGGGACCCCAAUGUCUGUGAACCCUGCAACUGUGACCCAUCUGGGUCCCUUCAGGGAGGUUUGUGCGACUCUAGAACAGAUGUUUCGGCUGGACUCAUCUCAGGCCAAUGUCGCUGUAAAGCCAAUGUAGAAGGAGAGCGAUGUGACCACUGUCGUCCAGGACACCACGGGCUGGGGGAGGGACCUGAUGGCUGCCUGCCUUGCACCUGUAACCCACUGGGAACACUGCCUGGAGGAAACCCGUGCGACUCAAAGACAGGAAGUUGUUUUUGCAAACGUCUCGUAGAUGGACAUAAUUGUGAUCAGUGCAUGCCACAACACUGGGGUCUAUCCAAUGAUAUGGAUGGAUGCAGACCAUGUGACUGUGACCAAGGUGGAGCGAUUAAUAACAACUGUGACCCCUACAGUGGACAAUGUGUAUGUAGGGAGCACAUGUUUGGUCGUCAAUGUGACCAAGUUGAGUCUGGCUUCUACUUCAUUGCUCUGGAUCAUUACACAUAUGAGGCUGAGGACGCCAAGCAUGGACCAGGUGUCACCGUGGUACCUAGACCUUAUCCUUUGGACCGCAGCCCUACAUGGACAGGUAUGGGCUUUGUAAAUGUACCAGAAGGGGCUUACCUGGAGUUUAACAUAAACAACAUCCCUGAGUCCAUGGACUACGAUAUCCUUAUUCGCUAUGAGCCUCAGUUGCCAGAGCAGUUGGAUCAGGUGAACGUCAGAUUGCAGCGCCCCGUGUUCAACCCUCCAAAUUACAUCAGCCACUGUGGCACCUCCGUCCAGGCAGGAGACGAGCAGUACAUUUCUCUGCCACCUGGAUCUCGACAUGUGCUGCUUACACGCCCUGUGUGCUUUGAAAAAGGACUUAACUACACAGUGCGUGUUAGUCUUCCCCGGUACUCGUCUGUGAGCGAUGCCACCAAUCCUUACACACUUAUUGACUCUCUGGUGUUGAUGCCCCGGGUCAGGGAACUCAACAUAUUCGAAGGGACAGAUGGAGAAGGAGCCUGGGACACCUUUCAGCGCUACCGCUGCCUUGAAAGCAGCCAGAGUGUUGUGAAAAGUCCAAUGACAGACAUCUGUAAUGACUACAUUUUCAGUGUCUCUGCUUUGCUUCAUAAAGGAGCCAUGGAAUGUCAGUGUGACCCCCAGGGGUCGCUGAGUGCUGUGUGUCAACCAAACGGUGGACAGUGUCAUUGUCGACCUAAUGUUGUUGGUAGGAACUGUGAGCACUGUGCACCUGCAACCUUCCUUUUCAGUCCGAAUGGGUGCAGGGCUUGUGACUGUGACCCCCGAGGGUCAGUCACUGCUUUUUGCCAUGAAGCUACGGGGCAGUGUCAGUGUGUCCCAGGAGCCACAGGACGCCAGUGUUCCCACUGCCUGCCUGGCUUUUGGGGCUUCCCUCACUGUAGACCAUGCCAGUGUAACGGGCACAGUGACUAUUGCCAUCCCCAGACAGGGGAGUGCCAGGGAUGCAGAGAUUACACUGCAGGACAUCACUGUGAACGAUGUUUGGAUGGUUACCAUGGUAACCCAGAGCUGGGUUCAGGUGGCCACUGUCGCCCCUGCAUGUGCCCUGAUGGUCCCAGCAGUGGACGCCAAUUUGCUGAUAGCUGCUACCACUUGGCCCAUAGUAACCAGCUGGUGUGUGUGUGCAAUCCCGGCUACAAAGGGUCCAGGUGUGACGAGUGUGCCCCUGGUUAUUUUGGGAACCCGCUGGUGCCCAGAGGCCACUGUUUGCCCUGUCAGUGCAAUAACAACAUAGACAUGCAUGACCCAGGCGCCUGUGAUGCUCGUUCAGGGGCUUGUCUCAAAUGCCUGUACCACACACAAGGAUAUGCAUGUCAGCACUGCAAACUUGGUUACUAUGGCAAUGCAGCCACUCAGAGUUGUAGGAAGUGCAUGUGUUACUCGGUGGGUACUGUGGCACACGCCUGUUCCUCUUCUGAUGGAUGCCAGUGUGACCAGCUUUCCGGCCAGUGCCCCUGUCUGCCCAAUGUUGUGGGUCAAAACUGUGACCGCUGUGCAGUGGAUACCUGGAACAUCACUAGUGGAAAAGGCUGCGAGCGAUGUGACUGUGACCCUAAGCACUCCUUUGGUUCAUCUUGUGAUGUGGUUACUGGACAAUGUUCGUGCAAACCUGGUUUUGGUGGCAGAACUUGUCGAGAGUGCAGAGAACUGUUCUGGGGGAAUCCAGAGGUCAAAUGUCAUGCAUGUGAUUGUGACCCUCGGGGGAUCUCCAGUGUUCAGUGCCAUCGUGCCACAGGACAGUGUACAUGUGUGAAGGGCGUGUCAGGCAUGAGAUGUGACAAGUGUGCCAGAGGAUACCGGGGAGAAUUUCCUAACUGUGAGCCCUGCCACGAUUGUUUUGGAGAAUGGGACACUAUUGUUAAUGAACUGACAAAUCAGACACAGCGUCUAGAGGCCCAAGUAACUGAGCUUCAGACCAGUGGAGUAACAGCACCAUAUAAAGAACUAGUUAGCAGUUUAGAGAGAAAAAUUAUGGCUGUUAAAGAUAUAGUUGAAAACAAUCCGGCUGCUGCCAAGUUCGAGGAAAUACAAGAUUUGAUGCACCAAAUAACUGGUGUUAUGUCCUUUGUUAAUGGGAUGCUGAAUACAACAGAGAAGACUUUAGAUGUCUUGCAUGGUGAUACCAACAGCACAGAUGCCAACUUGGAAGAACUGACAAAUCAAGCCAACAAACUGGACCAAAUUGUGAAGGAGCUUAGACAGCAAGUAUUUGAUGCCAAAAAUGCCAAUAUACAAGGUGCUAUGGACACUAUCUCCGAAGCACACACAGAGUCCACUAAUGCUGACAUCCGUGCCAAUAUUGCCACAGCUAUCCCAGGCAACACAGUAGCAAUUUCAGGGGCUGUACGGAAAGCCACAGAGGAUAAACUUACCAGCAGUAAAAAAGACUUUGAUCGGAAGCACCAACGCAAUUUGCAAAAGAUGGAAAAACUGGAGAAUGAGCUGAAUGCAUUUGACCUGUCUUCACUGAGCCCAAAGAUUUGUGGAGGUGCAGCAGAAGGGGAGAGCUGCUCUGGCUCCCCCUGUGGUGGCUUAAGCUGCAUGAGCAAGGAUGGGGAAUUCCACUGUGGAGGAGAAGGAUGCAAAAGUCUUGUCACAACAUCUGAAACGGCUUUGAAAUCAGCCAAUGAUUUAGAUAAAAACAUUGACAUGGCCAUGCAGGAGGUGGACAAGCUAUCGAAAUUGGUAUGGGAAGCCAAGGUCCGAGCAGAUGAGGCCAAAGUGAAUGCCCUGGAGGUGCUGAAGAAAUCAAACGAAAGCAAAGAGAGAGUGGAGCAAAGCAACAGCCAACUCCGAGACCUUAUUAAAGAAAUACGUGACCUUCUGACCAAUGAGAAGGCAGACCUAUCUGUAAUUGAAGCGGUGGCCACUGAGGUGCUGGCUCUACAGAUGCCAGCUUCUACAGAGAAACUGAAGGAGCUGACAGAGGAGAUAAAGGAGAAGGUGGGCAGCCUGACCAGUGUAGAGACCAUCCUCAGCCAAAGUGCUCUAGACAUUAAGAUUGCGGAGACACUUCUCAAGGAGGCCAAGGAAGCAAGCAAUAAGGCAUCUGGCAUAAAGGAGAGUGCAGAUGUUGUGAAGGCGGCUUUGGAAGAGACGGAGAAGGCCCAAAGUACUGCAGCUGAUGCCAUAGAGCUUGCUCUGAACAACACCAAGGGUACACUGGAAUUGCUCAUUUCAGUGGAGUCCGAAACUGCUACAUCGGAGCUAAAACUGAGCAAUACUACAGGGCGCCUGGUUCAACUGGAAAGGGAGGUUGGCUUAUUGAGACAGAAUAACCUCGAAGUGACCCACCUGGUGGAGACUGCAGGCGUGACCAGCGAACAGGCGAAACAGAAUGCAGACGAGGCAGAGCAGGAGUUUAACCAGGAGGUGAAGGAUGGAUUUGAGGAGGUUCAGGGCCUGAUUGAGGAUAAAGGGGAGUCUGUGCUUCAGGCGAGGAUACGGGCCGAUGAACUGCAGCAAGAGGUCAAAGAGCUGCUAGCCCAGAGCAGCAUCAAACUGCAGAGGCUCAAGGAGUUGGAGACAUCUUAUGAGGCCAACCAGAAGAUUCUUGAGGACAAAGCUGCAGAGUUGGCUCAGUUGGAGGAGAGAGUCCGUCGUAUCUUAGAAGAGAUCAGCUAUCAAGUGACACUGUAUAGCACCUGUGUCUGAUUUACAGUAUUAAACUAGAUGUCCCAUUUAUUGAAAGUCUGGCUGGGAAUUUUAUAGCGUCCUAAAAAUUUAAAGCACUACAAAUCAUGACCCAUUUUAGACACUUUGUUAUAUUGAACAAAUGGAAAUGGUCAAAGAAGUUUGAAAAGUUUAAAAUUUGUUUAUUUCACAAUUAUAUAUUUUACACAUCCUAAAUGCUAUUUGGACAAAACUGAAUAUUUGUAUUGUGAAUGCAGAAAAUAAAAUUCAUAAAAACACCAUUUCUGAGGCAUUUC